AUAAAAAUGAAAAAUGAGAAAACCUUCCACAAGCCCUCUUUGUGUUUGGUGUUUACUCACCAUAUAGUGCCCAAAAUAGCCGUCCAUGUUAUAAUGAUGACCAAAAAUUUGAUGGGAGGUGUAGGUUUGUUUUCCUAAGUCUAGUUGCUUUAUAACUGUCAUGGUAUUGAACCAAUUCACACUGUAGGUGAACCUAAGAUCAUUCACCGCGAUAUGAAGUCUACGAAUAUACUUCUUGAUUGCAAUUUCGAGCCAAAGGUUGCGGAUUUUGGACUUGCUCGAUUCUUUCCCGAAACAAAUACCCAUGUUUCUACUCGUGUGAUGGGCACUUUUGGAUAUUUAGCUCCGGAGUAUGCUUUGACAGGGAAGUUGACUGAGAAAUCGGAUGUGUUUUCCUUUGGUAUCAUUCUUCUUGAAUUGAUUACUGGGCGUCCACCCGUUGAUAAAGAUCAAUUCUUAGAUGAUAACAUCGUUGACUGGGCAAGGCCAUUGAUGAAACGCGUGUUGAAGGAUGGCAAUUUUAGCUCAUUAGUCGACACAAGAAUGCAAAAUAAUUAUGACUGCACUGUAAUGGCUAGGAUGAUAGCAUGUGCCGCUGUUUGUGUACACCAUUUGGCAAGACGAAGGCCAUCAAUGAGCCAAAUUGUUGGAGUCUUAGAAGGAAACUUGACACUCAGGCAUUUAGAUCACCACAAUUGUCAUGAAAGUUCAGAUCACGACAAUUAGCGCUAGGAGUAGCUAUAAGGAACUAAGAACAACCCAUGAUCUUUGUCUGCCGAACAAAUAUUUUUAAUGUGUGUGUGACAUUGUAUAUUCUUUUGUCAUAUCUUAAUAUUCUUUUUAUUUUUA